GGCCUCGAGCAUUCUGGAUAACAGGUCCCAUAGGUCUCUCUCUCUCUCACUCACAGCUGUGGGGCCAAACACCUGGAAGAUCCUAUUGGUCUGUGACAGGCGCUGGAAUAAGUAUGAGACGGAAUUUAUUGGCACUUCCUCGUGGUUUACUAAAUGCCGGGGCACAUGGGAGGAGUAAGUGUAGGGCAGGAGCAGCACGGACACAUAAUAAAUGCAGGAAAUAUAUGUCAACCAAUCACCUCUGUAGCUCCUCCCAGCUCCACCUCCAGCCAAUAGCUCUGUCUGUCUGCAGCUCAGUCUCUCUGCCUAUUGGCUCCCAGCUGUAUGAAUGAAGUGGAGGAACAUGCAAGGAUUGGCUCAGACACAGAAAUGUUAUUAUAUAAAAGGGGAGGGGUCAAGGGAUGCCAUAGUGAGGGACUGAGGACAAAUUCUGGACUUAAUUACUCAGGCAAAAUCCACCCAGAAGUCAAAUGUGCUAUAGACGUAGAUUGUGGUGUUUCUACACGGCCUGGGAACCUCCUCGCUGAUGGGAAUCUGUCAACUGCAACUGCCAGUAUUGAUCUACCCAGGAUCCUCCAUUCCUUGGGAACUGUAGCAACUGCUGUAACUUCCUUGGGAACUUCCAGAGUCCGUCCUCCCAGCAGGGCUGCACCCGUCGCCUUUUUACCUGGACAGUAAUGUUUUUAGAACGGCAGCACUAAUGUCACCGACUGAUGCCCCUGCCCGGAGCUGCACCCACAGAAAGGGGCGACUCUACUUCCCAGAAUCCUCUGUUCCUCCACCAACCGGCUUUUCAGGAGCAGCCUCCUCAUAUUGCCCUAGAGCUGGGCUGAACCACAAAAGCUAUGGGAGCCAAGCAGAGCAGAAUGGAAGCCCGUGACCCUGGGGACUAUGUUUCGCAGUUAGCGGAUGAGUUGGCAUUGCGCAUCCUCUGGUACCUUGAUGGCAAGGAGAUCCUGCAGGUGGCACAGACUUGCCGGCGCUGGAGACAGUUGGCUGAGGAUGAAGGUCUGUGGCAGGGAAAGUGCAAGGCUCGUGGCAUUGAGGAGCCGCUGUGUAUAACAAGGAGAAAGGCUAAAGCCUCUAGAUCUGGUCCAUGGAAAAGCUCUUACAUCCGUCAGCUCAGGAUCGAUACCAACUGGCGCCUGGGAAGAUUCCAAACAACCAGACUGGAUAUAAAUGAGGAGAAUCUUUGUAUGGAGCACUGGAAAUUCAAUGGGAAGGAACUGGUCAUUACAUCACAGUAUAAUAUGAUAAAGAUCUGGUCGGCAGUUACAGGCGAGUGUCUGAGGACCCUUGUGGGACACACACAUAAUAUCACAGCGAUGGCAAUGAGAGAUCACAUCAUUAUCAGUGGAUCUGCGGAUGGGACAAUAAAAGUGUGGAAUGGAGAGAGCGGGGAAAGUCUACACACCCUGUGCGGCCAUAUUGAUCCUGUCAGCUGUGUAUUUAUCCACGAGAGACGGGUAGAGAGCGGGUCACGUGACGGCUCCAUCAGAAUUUGGGAUAUGGAGACAGGAGAGUGCUUACACGUUCUCAUGGUGGAUGUGGAGUACAUUAAAUAUAUUCACUAUGAUGGUCAAAGGGUGGUGAGUGUUAAUGGCAGAUACAGCUGCACCCUAAAUAUCUGGGACCCCGACACUCCGAGCUGUUUGGUGACGUUCCCACUUCCCGGCACUGACAGAAUCCAUCACUCGGAGCUGAAAGGCUCGCGGCUACUACUAGUCACUGACAAUGGUGAAAUAAACGUGUGGGACACUGAAACAAGGGAGCCCAUCCGAAUAAUAGGGGACCUUUAUAAAUACAUCAUUACAGUAUCAGAGACCAUCAACUUACAUCUGUGGGGAGAGAAAGCCCUGUCUGCUGGUUUUAAUCAGAAAACGAUUCAGCGCGAUGCGGAAAAUGCGCGACUCCGCAGGAAUUUCGUGAUCAGCGACGCGGGGUUUGGGCCGGUGCCACUCGGGGGUUUCGAGCCCAACACCUUCUUUGAUGUGAAAGAAAAAAUUUAUUCCUUUCACUUUAAGAAAUCGCUCGAACCUCUGUCUUAUGUGAUGGUUUCCCCUACAAAAGUGAUCUGUGUGAUUGGGGGGAAAUAUGGGAAAGUGCAGGUGAGAGUGUUGGACUUCAGUGAUUGGGGGAAGAGGAAACGGUUCAAGUUAUAGUUAAACCUUCAUGGAAUUCCUGGAACAUUUCAGCAACGCAAGGCCCCUAGUGAAUUUGCCUUUCUUUGUUCCCAAUUAUCAGAUAAGGACAGGGGCACACGGGCAGAUUCGGGGAGAUUUAGCCUCUUCUUCGGGGUGACGAUCUUCAACUGCCUUCCGCCGGCUAAAAUGAAAAAUUGCCUGCGGCAAUGCACUCGCGGUGCUUCAAUUUCCGAAGUUUCCUCAGGAGGCGACUUCGGAAAACAGCUUCCCCCCGUCUUACAGGCGGAAGCUGUUCGGGGAGAUUAGUCGCCCCAAAGAAGAGGCGAUUAGUUGCUGGGCGACUUAAUCUCACCGAAUCUCCAGGUGUGAAUUUACCCUAAGUAAUUUAGGGGGUUAUUUAUUAAAGUCCGAAAGGUAAAAACUCUAAAUUUUCGUUUUUUUUUUUACUGUAAAAUCCAAUUUUUUAUGGAAAAAAACCAUUGAUUUAUUCGAGAUGUAUUAUACCCCGAGGAUACAAAAAUUCUGAAUGUGAAAAUCCUCCAUGUUGAACCUGUCGAGGUCCUGUAGGAGUAGCAGACGUCCCAUUUGCAAUUAGAAGAUAUUAUGGUCUGCGCUGGGUUUUCAUUCGAUAAUCCGAACAUUGUGGUUUUUUCCACCGAUUUCAUGAAAAAUCCAGACUUUUCGGGCGUCAAAUCUGAUUUUAUCAUACAACAAUCCAAAAAAGUUGCAGUUUUCAUGCGACAAUCUGAAAAAGUUGUGGUUUUUCCAGAUCCAGUUUUUUCGUGUUUCUUUAAUUGAUAAAUAAGGUUAAAACGCAGAUUCUAGUUUGGUCUGACUUUUUUUUAUUUAAUACAUCAGAAAAAUUCAGAUUUUGAUGAAUAAGCGCCUUAGUGACUCGUUAUAAACAGUGCCUUAUUUGUAAGAGAUCUGUACACUCACACAUUUAUACAUUAGAGAUGCACCGAAUCCACUAUUUGCAAUUCGGCUGAAUCCCCGAAUCCUAAACCAAAUCCGAAUCCUAAUUUGCAUAUGGAAAUUAGCGUCAGGAAAGGAGAAAGUGAAAAAAAUCUUCUUUUAUGAAGAAAAGUCAUGAUUUCCCUACCAGCCCCUAAUUUACAUAUGCAAAUUUGGUUCGGCCAGGCACAAGGAUUUGGCCGAAUCUGAAUUCUGCUGAAAAAGGCCGAAUCCCGAAACGGAACCUGGAUUCGGUGCAUCCCUAAAAUAUAUGUAACUAUACAGUCAUUAACUCACUGGGGAUGGUUAUUGCCCAUAGUAUAUGUCAGUCCAUAUGUACUCAAUACAAAGAGGUGGGGCAUUCUGUAGCUCCGCCCUGUUUCUAAGGCAUUUGCCUGGCAAUGAGUUUUAACUGUUGCACCUCUCAUUGCAGUUCAGCGACGCAGCCUGAUUGUCUCAUAUAGAAAAGGUGACAGGAGUCGGCAGUUGUGCCACAAACGUGUCGCUCUUUAUAUCUGUGGCACAACAGCAGGAUCAGUAUUUAGAUAUAAACUGAUAUAAUAUAUACACAGGCUUUGCAUUGCCUUUAAUAUUCUGAUUAUUUGAUUAAUAAGCAGAUAGUGAUACACUGACACUGAGGCUUCAGCUGUGAAACAUUACUGAACUUAAAUAUAAACAAUAAUGGGGAUUGAGAUAACGUUGCAGGAAUAAAAUGAAUGUGAGUGAAUACAGCCUCUGAUUAUUAUUAUUAAUAUUAUUAUUAUUAUCAGCCGAUGGAGUGAAAGUGUCAGCUGGGAGAGGCUGGUUUAAUAGAAUCUGUUUUGGAUGAUUAUUUUGCACUAAUAAACACUUGCAGUGAGA